AGUGACAAGUCUUCGCCAAAAUCAAGCUAUGGACUACUAUCACAUACAACGCACAUGCCUCAAUGACAAGUUUAUAUAUUUACAUAUUUUUCGCAGCUAAGAACAACGCAUGUCAAACCAGGCUGAGAACAACAGUCAAUCGUCGCAUUUAUCAGGUCAAACGUGUGAAAAAACACAAAGCAAUGUAGGUGAUGAAGUACAAUCGAAGGGAAGCACAGUUCGCGCACAUGAUGGGAAAGAGGCUCCACACUCGAGAGAUACGAGGAGUGGCGAUGGUGAUCCCAAGUUAAUCCAAGGUGAUGAAAUCUGUACAGUCAUUUCUGAGGAAGCUUCCGCGCAACCGGACCCUUGCAGAAGAAUAGGAAGGGUUGGUGCCUUCAAGGAAGAUCAACCAAGAGAUUUUCACCCUCAUCGCGAAAUUACGGAGGAGGGUUUCUUACGUGGAGAAUUGGAGAAUAACAGGAACCCGAAUGUGGAUGAUUCGGAAGGUGGAAUCUUUUCAAGGACUACCACUGACUUUGCGAGCACAACUUUGGACGAUCAGGACACUAAUCUAAAUGGUUUGGGGAAAGAUAGUAGCGGGAUAUCUCAUGCAAAACGUUUGUCAAAAUGCCAAGAGAGCUUGGCCAUUCGCCCCAUUAGUCUGGGUUCACCUAUAAAUGAACAAUGCGACUCGGAAGCAGUUAGAGACUGCAGAGAUGAAAAGAGUGAAUGCAUAGUUGCAUCCGCUGGAGAAACUCAGGGGGGCCUGGUAGAUGCUGCCACCACGCGAGAAGGUCACGUGAGCACUGAAAGAACCUCAACAGACACAGGGAGUUCCAAGCGUGCGGAGGAUAGAGCCAGAAAAGCAAGUAAAGGCUUUAAAAGUGCUGUUUCCCCGCCAAAAGAACCAAAGAGCGCGUCUGAAAGGCUCUUCCAGAGACGAGGCAAUCGUAGCCUCUGUUUACCCAAGCGCCCGGAUGCGUUGGAGCUAAAUUUAACUUGCUUUGCUUGGAAGGAAUGCCAAGAAAACCACCACCAGCAUCAACCAGGUAGAGGAGGUGGAUACAGUGGCCUCGAUACACAGCCUAGCUUUGCAAAUUCUUGUGAAUAUCAAUUGAAUUCGUUGGAGUGUAAGCAAACAGGAAUAGGUUCAGCCUCACCAGAUCAAACAUUUAACUACUCAACACCAGCAGAAUCAAUAGGAAUCUGUUCGGGAGUAGAUAAGAAAUUAGAUCGGCAAGAACUCGCGAGUUCUGCGGAAGGAAUCGGGUUGGAUUGUGAGGAAAACCGCCAGGAUGAAUUUCCGAAGUUCCGCGAGAGAGUUCGGGGUUAUUCGGGAAGUUUUAAGUCGGAAAGACACCAUGCUGAGUCAGGAUUUUCACACGAUUCGGAUACAUGUACCUAUGUGAAACAACGCGCGUUCUGUCUAAUUGCUGGUGGGCAGAACUUCGACUCUGGCAAAGUGACGGAAGGUAAUGUGUGCGGCAGUAAUGAUACUAACUUGAGCAGACAUACACUUGCUUUGGAUAACCUAGGUGUGUUGGAUACAAAUGCUCUUGCGGAAGCAGCAAACAGUAGCGUCAAGCAGCAACACUACCGCUUGAGAAGUGAGAAAUCUGCCUUGAAACCAUCGGGAAUUGAUGAAGAUAAAUGGUACGAUUCAUACGGUUCUACUGAAAGCCACGGACGACGUCGAAAGCUUUCCUGUGCCGGUCUUCGCAAACAGUGCUUUUAUCGACGGAAUAUAGAAGGUAUACCUCGGUGUAGAAGUCUCUCACCAUUAACACUGCGGCGGCCAAGAGAUAUAUUUAACACCAAGCACAUUUGUGAUAAGAUACAGCUCAGUGCUGAGUCUCAUGACGCGGAACUUGCGUACCACAAAGAUUUCUCUCGGCCAGAUGAACAGCAUGCAUGGAGUUAUGAAUUAACGGAUUUAUCAAGGAUGGAUGGUACUAACUCAGAUAUCAUGGCAUCCGAGAAGCGGCCCCAGCUAGGAAGGUCGUAUUCAUUCAGAUCAAGUACUCUGGGAAGGAUACGCAAGAAAAGAUCACAUAGUUUGGAGUCCGCGAAAAGCGUUGAGGAUAGCUUAGGAUUAGUUACUGCGGAGCGGCCUCAGCCUAUUGCUACUGAUGUCGAACAGGAUAAAUCCAAUACGGCCGGUGUCCGGGCGAAACCAAAACUGCCGAGUUUUCAGGAUCUUGAGGUAGACACGGGAGUAAAAGGUGAUCCGGAUAUGGAAGAACUCAAGAAGAUGUUGGAUGUCUUGAAAGUUGAUUUUGUACGGAAGUACAGCCGUGACCCUCGGGGUACUCCUGGUACAUCAUCGCCGGUAUCGGGCCGAGUAUCUCCUCGGUCGUCACCAUCAUCGUGCCAGUCAUCCCUGUCGGACCUUCAGGCCAGGUUGAAUAGCAUUAAACUCCUCACUAAUAAGCUCAGGGUGAAGCAUGGCGGGCCUCCUCUGGCUGAUUCUCCUACCAAAGAAGUACCCCUACACGGCAUUGGGGACGAAACAGCGAUUACCAAAUCUAAGUCCGUUGACGAUAUUCCUGAGGAAGAGCAACAGGAGGAAAUGCCGAUCAGGCGGACGAGAAGUGCAAGAGAUCAGGAGAUCAAGGAGGAACCUCUCAACUCGCCAGACUUGUCCGAAAAUUUAGAUGCGGAGCUUAGUUUGGUCACCGCAGGGCGCAGGGAUGGCCAUGCACCGAGGGACAGGCCUGGUUCACCGUUUCAGACAGCUUUGAGUGAGAGCUUUGAGCAGGCGGAUCCAGGUGGCCCACCUUUCCGUAUCUCCACAAGCCCAUCAAUUCUUCUUCCCGGGGAUCUCUACCCCGAUAGCUCUCUGAAUGAGAUCGCUGCACAGCCGCGGUUCAGACGGGUCAAGGACACGAGUGUUUUCACCAAGCAGACUGUCGUCCACAGGAAGGUCUCGCCUGGUGCUGGUGGAGGUUUACAGCGCCAAAUCAGUGUGGAGUCAACAGGGGUACAAAGUGAACACGAGGAAUGUCUACCGCAGGUCGAAAGUAAUGAUGAUGGAGAAACUAAGACAGGUGGUUGUAACACUCGUGAUAUUAACGUGCAGGUUUUGGAUAGCGAUGCAAAUUUGGACAAGGAUAGCUUGCAAGAUGUCAGCCAGGACACGGCAUCUUCCAUCUCCGAUCUAUCUUCGGUCGGGGCUGGAGAACGAAAAUCAGGUGAAUAUACAUGUACUACUGUAAUCAGCGAUAGUGUUGGAGAUAUUUCUGAACGCGCGCAAGCGAUAGACCGACGGCCGGAGUAUCGUUUAAGUUCAGAGGAUGAAGGACUAGGUAUUACGGAGUCCGAUGCAUCAACUGAAAAUGUGAGCAGAGAGAGCGGUGUAGGCAAGGGUGGAAUUUCGUGGAGUAACUGGACGGAAGUCAUUCGCCCCAAGGCAAAGGUUCAAAACGUAUCGAUUGCUGAACAGUUCAAUAUGAUUGCGAAGCAGAAACUGGCACAAGCUGAAGAGAUGGAGGGAGAGGAUACCGACCCUGAGGCAACACCAGAGUGCCAAAGAACACCAAGAAAAUCUCGCAGGACGGUUACACACCCUACGUUCUCGUCAGCCAAUCAUCCUAUGAGAGGAGAGGUUGGCUCCUUGGACAGUAAUGGCUUAGGUUCUUUACUUCAUCGUCCUUUCUUAGGGGUGAGUAGUUCAGCUGGUGACUUGAGCCGUACCCGUUGUGAUGUACCACUAGUAGACAUUGGGAUCGCCCCAACGAGCAAGGAAAGCUCAGACUCGGAGCAACCUACAUAUGUUGUCACCUCGGAGCCGUUUGAUAGCGAAAAAACUGAUAAGAAAUGUACGAAAUCACCGAAGACUAAAUCAAAAAGUGACCCUAUGCAACAGAAGGGCACCGAAUUUGAAUUUCCCAUGGUUAUCAGUGCUGCACAUGCGCUAAGUUCACCUUCGAUUUCCUAUCAAGAACGGCCUACCAGCCCUGAACUAAUCAUCACGGAGGGAAAAUGUGCCAAAAAGUCUUUAUCGGAUAAUUUCCUGGCGCUUCAUGAUAAUGCUGAGGCAAGUGGUGACUCGGCCUCUGAAAGUGCAGACACUUAUAAAGUGCCUAUAUUUGAUCAUAGAACCAAGGGGAAGCCCCCUGUUGGCCCGACUCCUAUACCAGCCCCAAGGAGGGUUUCGAAGAAACAGCGGGCCAAGAGUAACGUUGAGAUACCACAGGGAGACAAGGAACGUCAUCUUGGCACUACUGGUACGUGCAGUGAUGAUGACAGUGGUGUUUCUGGGUCAAGAAUCACUGGUCGAUCUAAUACGGCCCCUAAUACCCCGAACACCCAGUCACCCACUGGGUCUCUAGACAGGAAAGCCUCCCGUCUUUCUCCUACAGGGUCCUUGGAUCGGCGCACUUCGAACACAUUGUCUCUCUCAGGGCCUGGGCGAGCGGUCGUAGGGAGGAGUAAAAGUUCAGCAAGUGUAUUUGCGAACGCCGUUAAAAAGAAACAAAAGUCUGGUAAUGGGAGUACCAGUUCUGGAGACAUUACGGAUGCGGAUUUGGCGAGAAAACAGAGUUUCGAUUCGAAGAUAAGUCCUGGUGUUUCGGACCCCGACCUGUUGAAUCCUACCCGACUCUCUACUUGUUCGGCUGGUUCCGGAGAUGGAGACCAGUGGAAUAGGACUUCGCCGUGUGCCACUCCACCCAGGGACAGGAGCCCUCCUUUAGCAUUUAGGUUAGAUAAGCGGUUCCACGUAGUUCAAGAGCUCUACAACGUGGAGAAAGAGUAUGUGGAGACUCUGAGAGUGCUAGUCGAGAAAUACAUGAUUCCAUUAAAAUCCAGUAGCAUAAUCGAUUCAACGCUUGUGGACGACAUAUUCUACAAGGUUCCCGAGAUCUUGAACCACCAUGCUAUCUUCCUGGACUUUCUGGAGAGGGCCUUCCUCAACUGGGACGAAAACCAGACUGUGGGCCAGCACAUUCGUAACACAUUCAGUAAGGAGUCAGUGGUGGACAGCUAUGUGUCCUUUAUAGAGAAUUACAAAACAUCGGAGCGGGUGUUAGAGAAUCUUCUCAACAAUAAGACAUCCUUUCAGAAGUUCAUCGAGCAAUGCCAACGAGAGAAUCGGCGGAAAUUGCCAUUGAAGGCCCUCAUCAUACAACCAGCACAAAGAAUACCUCGAUACGAACUGUUACUAAGGAGAUUAAUAGAGCAUACUCCAAAGGAACACCAGGAUCACCAUCUUCUCCUUGAAGCAGAGAGUGCCAUCCAUGAACUCGCCCUGAAGAUCAACACGGUGAAAGAGACGAAGCAGGAAGAAAUCAUGCAGGAAUCCCUCAAACAACUCGAGAUGUUACUUAUGACUGAUCUUUCUGUGCCCGAGAGAAUGUAUAUAAAACAUGAUAUGGUGACUGUGAUGUCACGAAAGGACCAGUGCUGUUUAUGGCUUUUCUCUGACCUCCUCCUCAUCAGUGCAAUAAAACGGAAAUCAGGGACUGUCAAGAAAGCAUCAAUACGAUUGCAAUCGCCCUCAGGACAGGAUUUUGUUGACAACGUCAAGCACAAAGUUUGGCUUCGGAUAGGACUUGAUGAUGUUGAUAUCAUUAAAACUGGAAGUUUAACUCGAAAAAGUACUGUCGAUAAGGAAGAACUUGAGGACAACUUCUCACUUCUGGGGCAGAUAUUAGAACUGACAAAUAGGCUGACUUGCUCACAUCAGGUUCUUGAGGAAACGAUACGAGACAUGAUGUCUUCGCUACAGCGUCAGCUAUCUGAGCAACAGGGCCGAGCUCAGGAACUUACCAAAUUAGACCUCAUGACAACCACACAGGAAGGGGUGAAUAUAAUCGGCGUCCUGUUCCCAACGAUAGAUAAGAGGUUACAGUGGGAGGCGCUAUUCGCCGAGGCUAAACUAAGACUAGCCUCUUCCACUGACCGCAAACCACCAGACUUCUUACAGUCCUUACCCAUCACCAAAACAAGAGCAGGGAUGCAGUUCUCCUGCGCCGCGCCAAUAGACGGUCUGAACGCAAACAACUACCGCGAUGUGUGGGUGUGCAACAGCGACGGCCAUGUUGGUCACAUGUGUCUGCUGAGCUUGGAGCCAGAACCAAUCGUAACGCUGAAUACACCGGUGCCCGGAUGUAAUUCACGGAUCCUGUGCGUUUGCGCGGUGCCGGCACAAGCUUUGCCUUUUAAACGGAUUGGCAGUUGUAAAGGGUGCCGACGUAAGUCCUGUAUGAUCCACACGCCAACGUCACCGGUCAAAUUGGAGCCGGAUUCCAGCAGUAGUUCAGAUGAUGACUCGUCGUCCUCAGACGAUGAUGAAUUCGGAGAUGGUGCAGAGGCCGAUGUUAAGUCAUCAGAUGAUGAUGAGAAAGGGUGCAAAUCGGGCGCCCUCUAUGAUCCUUACAAGAGCACCAUGUGGUUGGGGACGGAGGACGGCUUUAUCAUGAUAUUCCAAUGCACAGACAACAUCAAAACAACCAGGAAUAAGCUUCGAAUACAACAUGCCGCCAGUGUUCUCAGUAUUGUAUACCUGGACAAUAAAGUGUUUGUAUCCUUAGCAAAUGGAGACCUUAUCAUAUACAGGCGAUUACCAGAGGGUACAUGGAACACGGAUAAACCCGAGACUAAAGGGGUAGGCACGUCCACCACUCCUGUCAACCGCAUGUUGGUAGUGGCAGGGAAACUCUGGUGUGGCUGCCACAGGGAGAUGGUAGUUCUCAACCCGGCAACAUUACAGGUCGAGAGAUCAUUCCUUCUGCCAAGCGAUUCUGACAGGCCAGUCCAUUGCAUGGCGUGUUCUAGUAAAGGAGUAUGGAUAGCAAUACAGAACAGUUCCAAAGUAGCACUCUUCAAUGCAACAAGCUGUGACUUCCUUGUCGAGGUGAAUGUGGCGCAAAUUGUGGCGCAGAAGCUUGCAACUGCUGAUGAUAUCAUUCGUCAGCACAAGACAGCUUGUCUCCGUAUCACAGCGUUGAUGGCUUGUAAGGACCUACUGUGGGUUGGAACUAGUGCCGGGAUCAUCCUAACCGUAGCACUGCCCAUUAUCAGUACAACCACUACAAGGAACAACAUACAGAUGCCGAAUGUCACAGCCCUCGUUCAUGGUCACACAGGUCACGUGCGAUUCCUUACCUGUGUCGAGAUGCCCGCCAAUAGUCACCAAGGAGACGCUGCAAUGCUGUCAAGGAGGGCAUCCAUGACACCUGCAGCCACUACCAUGGCAACCAAGAUGCUGGUCAUCAGCGGAGGUGAUGGUUACGAGGAUUUCCGAGGGAAUCCGAAUGAAGAUGAAAUGACAGGGAAAGACGAUAGCACCAAUCAUUUGCUGCUUUGGCAAGUGUGAAGGACACGUUCAAUUUAUUUCACGUUUCAGUGAAAUACCUAUGCAUUUAUUAUGUUUAUGCAGGUCUCAAUGCACUUUUGUUACGUGAAUGUUAUAUUUAAGCAGGUCUUAUGACUUGUGUGGAGACUACGGAAACAUUUCUAUUCAAAUUCAUUUGGACACCUAGCCAGUGCAGCCCUAUCGACCACCAUGAAUGUUGUUUCGUAAAGGUCGAUGUAAUCAAGAUUUGCCGCGGUAACCCUUUGAUAAGACAAUGGGAAUUUCGGCCUCGGUGUGAGCGGGCUUUGUUUCAAGACAAUAGACCGUGUAUUGGGCUUAGGCCUGAAAUCUUUUAACUGCGAGGUAAGGGGGACGAAAAAUAUGUAAUGACGUCUUGCAAAAUAUCGAAAAGUGUGCUGCAAAAUGUGUUCAUAAUGUAGUGGUACGGUAUGGUGGUUCAGUUAUAGCGCCAGUCGCCUCCUUGUACAUUAAUGUGUGCUGACGACAGUUGUCUUCCACACUGUAUGAGGUCAUACUUAUUGUUUCGGAGCUAUUGUAACAUCAGCAUGUAGUCCUAACAACCCCUGUCAUCAGAGUCGAUGUCGACAAGUAAUUUUGUGUCAUUUUGUGUUAUGGUAACUUUUAUGAGCUUAUUAGAUAAUGCAUGCAAAAGUAUUCCAUGAUCAUGUAGGACCACAUAACAACCAUUAGAAAAAGAACGUUGUUAAAUUAUUUUCAUAUCUCCCACUAAUAUAUGCAAAUCUGUAUGUAAAUUAUCAUUGUUCAUCAUAAUUUUUGCAGAGGGACCCUGUAGUCCCAUUUUUGUGAUUCUUGUGAUUAGUUAGCUGCAGCUACUGUACAUUUUGUGCAAUUACAAGUAUAGAUACGUAACAUUACGGCGUGGUGUCUUGUUCUGUUAAUCAUAGGAGAUGCUAGUCAUGGGUGGUCAAGCGAAA